AUGAAUAUAAUCUGUAAAUUAUUCUUUAUUCUUUGUACUAUUCUGGUACUUUUAAAACCAAUGUUGGCAUAUGACUAUUGCGAGUAUCUACAUUAUAGUCUGUUUUUCUACAAGUAUAAUCGCGCUGGAAAGUUACCGGAUAACGAUGUACCUUGGAGAGGUGAUUCCACGCUGAACGAUGGAGGUGGUGUGUUGUCAGCAGGAUAUUUCGAUGCUGGUGACCAUGUCAAGUUUGGUUUUCCUCUGUCCUCUACUCUUACUAUGUUAUCAUGGGGUUUCAUUCAAUAUCAGCCAAACAUUGAAAAGUGUAACUCUACCAAACUCUAUCAAGAUACCAUAAGGUAUGGAACUGACUGGUUGAUCGCUGCUCACCAAUCCGACAAUAAAAUCGCUGGCCAAGUUGGUGAUCCAAAUGCAGACCACGCCUAUUGGGGACCACCAGAAACGAUGACAAUGGAUCGUCCGACCUACUAUCUCGACACCACAAAGCCAGGCACCGAGCUGGCAAUGGAAGCAGCCGCCGCAUUAGCAGCAGCCUCCAUUGUUUUCAAGACAUCGGAUCCCACCUACUCUGCCACUUGUUUGGAGCAUGCUAGACAACUACAUUCGUUCGGUGACAACUAUCGUGGAACCUACUCUGACAACAUUCCAAAUGUUUCGCAAUUCUAUAAAUCUUGGUCGGGCUUCGACGAUGAGAUUGUUUGGGGUUCCAUCUGGUUGUUCAAAGCAACUGGCGACUCUAAAUACCUGGAAAAGGCAGAGAAAGAUUACAACGAUUUUCAAAUUGUCAAGCUUGCCAAGCAAAACUCACACGAUUGGGAUUUGAAAUCGCCAGGUGCAGCAUUACUACUUUCACAAUUGUCGACAAGUAACAACAAUUCAGUGUAUAUUCAAGAUGUAGAAGAGUAUCUCAAUUGGUGGUUACCAGGCGGAGGUGUUCCUUACACCCCGGGCGGAUUGGCAUGGAUAAGACAAUGGGGACCGUGUCGUUAUUCAGCAACGACAGCAUUCCUUAUGUCGAUCUACGGUAAGAACGACGACAAAUACAUUGAAUUCACCAAGAAACAGAUCGCCUAUAUUCUCGGUGACAAUCCAAAGCAGCAAUCGUUCGUCGUCGGAAUGGGACCGAACGCACCAAUCAACGCUCAUCAUCGUGCAGCUCACCACUCCACUACCAACAACAUUAUGGUGCCUGUAAACAACACCUAUCUACUAAAAGGUGCAUUAGUAGGUGGUCCAUCACAAGAUGAUAGUUGGAAAGAUGAUAGAACUGAUUAUAUUAGAAAUGAAGUUGCACUCGAUUACAAUUCAGGUUUUGUUGGGGCCAUUGCAUAUUUGGCUGGUACAGUUUAA